UUCCAUUUUCUCUGGUAAAUAUAAUAAAUCAUUUAUUUUUAGUAUUCGUAUAACCAUCAUUGAAGUGGUAGCAGAAGUGAAAAACAAAGCAAUCCCCGAUUGCUUAAGAUUCCUCACCUAGUCACAUGCUCCUCUUCUUCCUCACCCCAAAAAAGCAAUACCCUAGAUCCAAGAGCAGAAGCCAAAAUCAGACCAAACCAGAGUUAAACUAUCGAAACUAAAAACCAGAGACAUGAAGAGAGAUCUCCAUCACUUUCAAGGUCCUGACACUAGAUUCCCCAACCACAACCACGGGACGACAGCAAACACCGGCUCUUCUAAAGACAAGAAUAUGAUGAUGGUUAAGGAAGAAGAAGACGGUGGAAACAUGGACGAGCUUCUCGCCGUGUUGGGCUACAAAGUCAGGUCGUCCGAGAUGGCGGAGGUCGCGUUGAAGCUGGAGCAGUUAGAGACCAUGAUGGGCACUGUUCAAGAAGACGGUCUAUCCAAUCUCGCCACGGACACUGUUCACUACAACCCCUCGGAGCUCUACUCGUGGCUUGACAACAUGCUCACGGAGUUCAACCCCCCACAACCACCACCGCCGCCGGAGAUAAACAGCUCGUUUCUCACCGGGGCUGGUGGCUCCGAUUACGACCUCAAAGCCAUUCCCGGAAACGCGAUUUACGCGAGAUCUAACAACCACUUCCCGAUUGAUUCCUCCUCCUCUUCCUCGAACCAAGCUGGCGAUAAUACUCAGAACAAGCGUUUGAAGUCAUGCUCCAGCCCUGAUUCGUUGGUUACAACAACCACCACUAUAACAACCGAGUCAACUCGGCCUGUAACACUCGCGGCUACUGAGUCAACUCGGUCGAUGGUCCUGGUUGACUCGCAGGAGAACGGCGUCCGCCUAGUCCACGCGCUCAUGGCGUGCGCGGAGGCCGUACAGAGCGGCGACCUGUCUCUGGCGGAGGCCCUCGUCAAGCAGAUCGGUUUCCUCGCCGUGUCACAAGCCGGAGCCAUGAGGAAAGUGGCGACGUACUUCGCCGAGGCACUCGCGCGGCGGAUCUACCGCCUCUCUCCGCCGCGGACUCAGGUCGACCACUCCCUCUCCGACGCUCUCCAGAUGCACUUCUACGAGACGUGCCCUUACCUCAAGUUCGCCCACUUCACGGCGAACCAAGCCAUCCUCGAGGCUUUCGAAGGGAAGGAGAGAGUCCGCGUCAUCGAUUUCUCGAUGAACCAAGGCCUCCAGUGGCCGGCGCUUAUGCAGGCCCUCGCGGUUAGAGAAGGAGGUCCUCCUGUUUUCCGGUUAACCGGAAUCGGUCCUCCGGCGGCGGAUAACUCCGAUCAUCUCCACGAGGUUGGAUGCAAGUUAGCUCAGCUCGCGGAGGCGAUUCAGGUUAAGUUUGAGUAUCGUGGCUUCGUCGCGAAUAGCUUGGCUGAUCUCGAUGCUUCGAUGCUUGAGCUUAGACCGAGCGAGACCGAAGCUGUGGCGGUUAACUCUGUUUUCGAGCUGCACAAGCUCCUAGGCCGUCCCGGUGGGAUAGAGAAGGUUCUCGGGGUUGUGAAACAGAUUAAACCGGUGAUUUUCACGGUGGUCGAGCAGGAAUCGAGUCAUAACGGUCCGGUUUUCUUAGACCGGUUUACUGAGUCGCUGCAUUACUAUUCCACGUUGUUUGAUUCCUUGGAAGGUGUUCCCAGUAGCCAAGACAAGGUUAUGUCGGAGGUUUACUUGGGGAAACAGAUUUGCAACCUCGUGGCGUGUGAAGGAGCAGACCGGGUGGAGAGACACGAGACGUUGAGUCAGUGGGCUAACCGGUUCGGUUCGUCCGGUUUUUCGCCCGCGCAUCUCGGGUCUAACGCGUUUAAGCAAGCGAGUAUGCUUUUGGCUUUGUUUAACGGCGGGGAAGGUUAUCGCGUGGAGGAGAAUAAUGGGUGUUUGAUGUUGGGUUGGCAUACUCGGCCGCUAAUAACCACCUCCGCUUGGAAGCUCUCGGCGGGGCACUGAGUGGACACGAAGGCGAGGUUGGUGGUGGUAUGGUGAGUUGACUCGGUUGUUUGAGUUUCAAAAUCAAUGGACCGGUGAUGAGAUAUGUUCGGACCAGACCAGAACCGAACUGAAUCGAACCGUUUUGCCGUUUGUUUAUUUUUUUUUCACCUGUUUAAAAUUGUUAUAUCGUUUUGUUAGCUCGUUUUUAAUUUAUGCUUUUUGGGGAUAAAGUUAAAUAUGCAGAGUAUGUAUUUACUAAAUAUUUUAAAAUAAUACCUCAAUUUCAUGCCCAAAAAAAUCUCUUCACCACCAAAAAAAAACUAAUACUACUAUCGGUUUUUGCUUCCCUUUUUAUAUUUCUACUUUCUUAUUGGUUGCCAUCGCAAUAUCACAUCAGGGAACGGCUAUUGUAUCUUUUUUUGUAAACCGAAUUUAUGCGUUAGAGAGUAAUAGAUCUACAAAUCAGCCUUUGGAUCCUAUGUUUAAUAUAUUAUCAAUGUAGAAACAUUUUGUUUGCAGGGCUCUGUAACUUAUUUAACGUGUUUUCUUCUUAUAAUGAAUAAACAAACGUUGGAGACGCUA